GUGCGUGCCUAACCAGGAAAACAGCGAAGAAAUGCCCGAAGUUGCAUAGUGGGCCUUUAAACGGAACGUUAUUUUUUCGAAGAAGUAUAUCUGGUUUACGGGGUAUUCGUAUUUGUCCCAAUAAAGCGCGUAUCUUGUUGUGAAACGAUAUGUGUUAUUAUAAGCAUUUUGAUAUUACAAGCCCCAAAAAAUAAGUAAAGUGGGACCGCCAACAAAUACAAUACAAUAGGACGCCACCAGACGGAGCUAUUCUACAACGAAAGGAGUCGUCGAUAGCCUCCCAAGAAGUUGGGUACUUUUCACCAAACGCGUUGUUGGGUUUUCCUCUGCUUUACUUGUUUCAGGCAGAAAUGUUCUGUUUGGUGGUCCAACAACGUUGAACAAACUGCUUGUCUUCAGCCAGCUUCCACAGGGAGAGUCCUAGAUCCGAUUAAUAUAUUUGAAGGAAAUCAGUAAAAUAGCUGUUUUUUAGGUUCCAGCAAACGACUCCAUCUCCCAAACGAAGGCCUAAUUAGCAGAAUUUCCAAAUAAGCAGCACUUUUAAUCAAUGAACAACAGCUUCAUAGCAUGACGGACAUUACAUCACACACCGCCACCAGGUGACGACGAUCCAAGGGAUUUCCAACAUGUGGGCGACGGACUGAAUGAUGGCGUGAGAGAUUCUCUCUGCGUUUCGCACGCCGUUGGACGACGCGCACGUCACUCACGGUGCGCUCCGCCCAGACGGUCCUGCUGCCGCGAGUGGCUCUCGGUGAGAAGGCUGCAAUAAAUGUCUGACGAAACCAACAGUUUGGACCGACCAGGCAACAAACCGAGGAGAUGCUGAGCCGUCUAAUGAGUGGCAGCAUCCGGAGUCUAGACAGGGAAUAUGACUGCACGGUGAGGCUGCUGGACGACUCCGAGUACACCUGCACCAUACAGCGAGAUGCCAAGGGACAGUACCUGUUCGACCUCAUCUGCCACCACCUCAACCUGCUGGAGAAAGACUACUUUGGCAUCAGAUAUGUGGACCCAGACAAGCAGAGGCAUUGGCUGGAGUUCUCCAAAUCAAUUGCCAAACAGAUGAAAUCCCAGCCCCCCUUCACCAUGUGUCUGCGGGUCAAGUUCUACCCCCCGGACCCUGCCGCCCUGAAGGAGGAGAUCACCAGAUACCUGGUCUUCCUACAGAUUAAGAGGGAUCUGUAUCACGGCCGACUUCUGUGCAAGACCUCGGACGCUGCCCUACUGGCUGCCUACAUACUCCAAGCGGAGAUCGGGGACUACGACCCGGGGAAACACCCCGAGGGCUACAGCUCCAAGUUCCAGUUCUUCCCCAAACACUCGGAGCGGCUUGAGCGCCGCAUCUCAGACAUCCACAAGACCGAGCUGAUAGGACAGUCUCCAGACACAUCUGAACUCAACUUCCUACAGAAAGCUCAGAGUCUGGAGACGUACGGCAUCGAUCCUCACCCCUGCAAGGAUGUGUCUGGUAACCCAGCCUUCUUGGCCUUCACUCCAUUUGGCUUCACUGUACUCCAAGGAAACAGGAGGAUACACUUCCUUAACUGGGAUGAGGUGACCAAACUCAAGUUUGAGGCAAAGACGUUCCAUGUUUACGCUAAUCAGAAGGAGGAUAAGAAGAUCAUCCUGACGUACUUUGCUCCUACCCCCGAGGCCUGUAAGCACCUGUGGAAGUGUGGAGUGGAGAACCAGGCCUUCUACAAGUUGGAGAAGUCCAGCCAGGUGCGCACGGUGUCCAGUAGUAAUCUCUUCUUUAAGGGAAGUCGCUUCAGAUACAGUGGAAGAGUUGCAAAAGAAGUGAUGGAACAAAGUGCCAAAAUAAAGAGAGACCCCCCUGAGAUCCACAGAGCUGGCCUGGUCCCUAGUAGGAGUUGUCCCUCCAUCACCCAUGGCCCUCGUCUGACCAGUGUUCCCCGCACCCGACGGAGGGCUGUCCACAUCUCCAUCAUGGAAGGUCUGGAGUCGCUCCGGGACAGUGCCCAUUCCACGCCGGUGCGCUCCGUCUCCCACGGCGACACCUUCAUGCGGCGCUCGCGGGGCCACCUGGCGGACAGCAGGGAGGCCGGCCCCUCGGGGUCGGGGGUCAUCUCGGACGAGGCCUACAGCCCGUCGGACAGCGUGCUGCCCACGCCCGUGGCCGAGCACGGCGGCGCCGAGAUGUCGCUGGGCCGCCACCUCAACGGGACGUCCCGCGGAGCCGGCGACGAGGAGGGGGGGGCGGAGUCAGAGACGGCCCAGGAGAGGGGGGGCCAGGGGGCGGAGCCGGGCCCGGGCAAGAGGGGGGCGUUGCGGGCGGGGGGGAGGAGCAGGACCUCGACCCCCGGGGGCGCCGGCGGGGACGUGGAGGAGCUGAACAAGUUUGUUCUGAGCGUCCUGCGCCUGUUCCUGGUCACCAUGGGUCUGCUGGGGGCACUGCUGCUGCUGCUGCUGGUGCUGACCGAGUCGGACCUGGACAUCGCCUUCCUCCGGGACAUCCGCAGGACGCCAGAGUUCCAGCAGUUCCACCUGGAGUACUUCUGCCCGCUGCGGCGCUGGCUCGCCUGUAAGGUACGCUGGAUGGGCGGCUUCCUCGUCAGCCAAUAAGAGGAAAGCAAACAGACACUUCCUGCUGAGCAUGGGAGCCCAAUCAGAAUACAGAACAUAGACAGUGUUUCAAUCACAAGCCAAGGACCGCCCCCUUUUCCUCUGGUAAACAUGUUGUGGGUUUUUUUCAUAUUUAGAAUUUUGUUAAAGCAUUAAUGACAGGAAGCUGAAACCUCAUCUUUUAAUAUAGGUCAUUUUGAGAUCAUUUUGCUUUGUCACGGCAACAGGGUUUUCACAGGGUGCAAAGCCGAAAGGAAGUUGAAGGCAAUAAUAACUUCAGAGAAAGAAGAUAUUAUUCGAGGAUUGGGUUGCCUUCAUUUUUUACUCAUGUUUUAUGUUGACAAAUUCUUGUAAGAAAGGGAAUAAACGAGAUGUCGGUCUGUGUGGUUUGCAAGACUUCAAUUGACCUGUGGAUUGAUCAAGGAUGAGAACAUUUAAAGGAAGAAAAGCAACAGUAUGUGGGCCAGCAACGCAGAGAAUAUCACCGUGUUUGAUACCCGACCCGAAAAAAACUAACGUAUGUAUGGCUGCUGCUACGAGUUGAAAGUGGUGAUUAAAGUCUGAAAGUGUUGGAUGGGAACAGAGUGGUGCUUUUUUUUCAUGUAGGAUGAGCUUGAGUCAAACACUGAAACCAUACUGGUUUCAACCAAGGAACACAAAAGCUUUGAUUAUGUUGAUACACAUUUCUGUAGUUUCGGUGGUUUGCAUCUCAGAAUGAUAAAGAGAUAUUUUGAAGCCCCAGUUUUCCUUCUGGAGGUCUGAUGUUGGUUUCUGGUAUUUGACUUCACCCUGGCUGGGUUACUUUGAGGUUUGUCCUGGACCAUGGCUCACAAUUUUAUCUAAACUAGGGUGGCUUUCGAACAACCUUAUCCAGUCAAUUUCAUAUAUUACUUUAAAACCAAAUCUUGUAGAAAGUCAAAACAAUGGCUUUUUAGAGCUGGGCAUUAAUGUCAAAAACUAAAAAAUGUACAUAGUAAUUGCAUUAAAAUCACUUAUAAUAUGAUUUGUAAUGGUACCCAAUUACCAAUCUUUACAAAUAUGGAAGACCGGCUUCAAUAUAACUGCCAAAAAGCCAUGAAACCUAACCACUUGUUUAACAGAUCAAGGCCAAAAGACAACACUUAAGCUACAUCGCAAUAUUUUGAUAAAAAAAGUUAUAGCCUGGGCUACAUCUAGGCUGUUAUCACGAUAUUCAAUAUAUUAUAAUCAAUACAUUGCCCAUCUUCACAGCUUUCCAUAAAAAAACAGUGCUAGUGAAACAGAUGCUUCUUAAGAAAUAAGCCUGUUUUGGUUUCAUGUUUUGAAUGUGUAUUGUGAGCAGACAUUCAAGAUCUAUGGUUGGUAAGCAUGUGGUCCACUGGCAUGCAUGGUCUCGCGCGUCACAAUAAGAAGGAUGACGGCAUGAAGAAAUGCUCAUCAAACACCAUAAAGUUUGACGAGCAUGAAAUGCAAGUUGAAACGUACAAGUGGAAUAAAAUGUGAAUGUUGGAAUGGAAUCGAUGAGCCGAAGUGGAGAGGACAACAUUCUGCACACCUGUAAACAUAACUAAGAAUUGAUAAAUACUCGAUAAGAUACCUUGCCUUUGUAAGGACUUUGUAGGAAGGUGUUGUGUUGUCCAAGUUUAUGUAACGUAAGUCAAUAAUAUUGAUACAUAUCAACUCCUGAGUGAGUACAAAAGGAACAUUGGUUUUCAUUUUUUUUUCGUCAUUUACUCUGGUAGUUGAAAGAAUAUAGCGCAGUGUUAUUGAAAUUUGACGGCCACAACUUUUUUUGGUAGACUUUUGAUUGAUGUGCAAUACUUUUCAAUAGUCAGAACCGACUUUUAUGAAAUGCUAUUUUACUGUCACAAAGCCUCUGCAGACUGUAAAAUAAAACCCAUGCAAAUAUUUUCCCAUAGCGGAGCAUUAAGAAAGAUGAUAUUCCCUUUUUAUUUUUGCUUUUAGACCCACUUCUUACUAGUGGGGUCACAAUAUCUAGUUAAUCUGUAAAUGCCAACCACGUUAAUAUGACAGUGUUUUGUAUAAAUGCUUAUCUCCCUAGUAUGUUUGUUCCAUUCUUAGUGGAAAGAAGGUAGCCUACUACUUUCAUGAAUAUGUACAUUUUAGCAACAAGACUGGGCUUUAAAGGAGGCAUCGUGAUUUACGUACAAUCAUGUAAUAUCUAUCAUCAAUGUGUCUACCAAAGAAGACCUGUUAUCCCCUAAUGUCUUUACCAGAAAUUGAUCUGGUGUCAAUGGAUGGAUACCCUGUGCAAUCCUUCUCCAGCCAUACUAGAUGGCACUCCUCCCACACACUCUCUUUCUCUCAUCACAGCUCUUACAGCCAAAGGAACUUAACUAGAUCCUGAAGCAACAUUGAACAUAAGAGAAGAGAAGAUAAUAAGAUGGCUGAUAUUAGAACCACACCAUCCUACAGGAAAAGGCUUUAUUUUUUCUCUAUCUCUGAAAAGUUUUGCACACUGGCAUGAAUUCAUUUAUUGGGUGUGGAAAUGUGCAGUCAUAAAUGCCACAAAUAAAUAAAGGUGGUUUGUAUAUUCAGAUGAUUGGUGGAUGUAUUUUUGGGGGGGUUGUCGUAAGAUAAAUGUUGAUAGAUACUAGCAAUGCCAGUGAAGGCCAAUCAGUGGAUGUUUGUAUACCUCCUUGUCCACAUUGUACACCUUGGAUUAUCGUUUUAUAUCAAUGUACGAAAUGAGCAAUAACUCUGUGAUCAUUUAAUAUGUUGACAAUGUGUAAAAUGAUAAACAAGAUCUUUUAUUUUGUUCUAUUUUCCAUUUAUUGAAAAUGAUAUACCUGUGGUUUGGGGAUGUGUAGAGUUAUUUAUGAAUGGAGGUUGGAAUGUGCAGUGUUUAGGGUUAAAAGAUAAGAAAAUACAUAAUAUAUUAAUAUAAUCUACUCAAGGUUCAUCCGAUUGAAAUGAGUACAAUUAUGCGUACUAUAAAUUAUAUUAAUGGGGACUUACAAAAGAUGUGCUUAAAGGAUGAAUUGGAGUGUAAACACACGUAGGAUACAUAAAUGUACUUCACUUUAUCUGUGGUCGAAUAGCAGGACUCCCUCCUGUACAGUCUCCAUGCAUAUACACCUCUCACCAAGCAUGAGUUUUGUUACCUCUGGAAAUGCCUGCUUCAUUCUCCAAUGACAGGCCUAAAAUGAGGGUCAAAUAAUUCAUCAAUAAAUAUAUAUUCUUAAAAUGGA